GCUCUGCGACAUUGGAUGACGCUGCGUCGGAAGAGGAGUAUCUCUGUAAUCCAAACAUCGACGAGACAACCUCCAUUGCUGUUAUCUAUAACAAAUUAUACCUCAGCGAUUUAACUAACAGUAUGGCUGCUCAGAAGAUAAACGAGGCUCAUGAGCACAUAGCGAAAGCUGAAAAAUGCUUAAAGACAGGUCUGACAAAGUGGAAGCCGGAUUUUGACAGUGCUGCGUCAGAAUACGCCAAAGCAGCCGUGUGCUUCAAGAAUGCGAAGCAGUAUGACCAAGCAAAAGAAGCUUACCUGAAGGAAGCUGAAUAUCACACAGAAAACAAGACGCUUUUCCAUGCUGCAAAGGCUAUUGAACAGGCAGGUAUGAUGAUGAAGGAACAAAAGAAGAUGCCAGAGGCUAUUCAGUUAAUAGAGAAAGCCUGUAUGAUGUACAUGGAGAAUGGGACUCCUGACACUGCUGCCAUGGCUCUGGACCGGGCUGGAAAACUGAUAGAGCCUAUAAACCUAGAGAAAGCUGUGGACCUGUAUCAGAAGGCAGCUGGCGUGUUUGAGAAUGAGGACCGCCUGCGUCAGGCAGUUGAACUGCUGGGGAAAGCCUCCAGACUUCUGGUCAGGUUAAGAAGGUUGGAUGAAGCUACAGUCGCUCUGCAGAAAGAGAAGAACAUGUACAAAGAGAUUGAGAACUUCCCCAUGUGCUUCAAGAAAACAACUGCUCAAGUACUGGUUCAUCUUCAUAGAGCGGACUACGUAGCAGCUGAUAAAUGUGUCAGAGAAAGUUACAGCCUGCCCGGGUACAGUGGAAGCGAAGAUUGCAUUGCCAUGGAGACGCUACUGCAGGGCUACGAUGAGCAGGACGAGGACCAGGUCUACCGUGUGUGCAGCUCACCUUUACUGAAGUACAUGGACAAUGACUACGCUAAACUGGCCAUUUCCUUGAGGGUACCUGGAGGAGGUGGAAAGAAGAAGAAGGCUGCUGCUGCUCCACAAGGCGGCGCUGGUGGUGCGCCAGCUGCCGCUGAGGAUGAGGAUGAUUAUGAGGGAGGCCUGUGUUAGCCUUCAGCCUCCAAAGGGCCGACUCUACCCAUCUGCUGCUCCUCCACUAUACCCUCUGUGUACGAGUUAAAAACCUUGACGAAUCCUUUCAGCUCUGAAGCCCAGAUGUGUGGAUGUUUAAUCUUUAUUGUGCAAGAAAUAAGAAAAAAAGCUAAUUUGAAAAAAACACCCUACAGUUAUAGUGAGUGCUGCAGAAGAGUCGACCCGAGUCUGAGCAGCUUUUCAAUUUGUGUUUCUUUGAGGUGGAUCCUCGGUGUAAUGAAACAUCUUCAAUGUCCUAUAAUGUAUGAAAGCCUGUCGUAUGUAAAUGUUCCAUUACUUCGUCUCUGUGAAGCUGUACAUUUUGCUCUUAUUGUUUGUGAGUCUUAAGAUUACUAUAGGUAUAUUCAAAUCAGAAAUGCUCUAAGUAUGUCUAAUGAAUUGAUCAGUGUAUAGGUGUUUAUUUGUACAGUUAAAUUAUUCAUGUUUAUGGCUGCAGCCUGUUGAAAAUGUUACUGGAACAAUAUGCAAUCAGUUUGUUAAUGCAUGUUUGCAAUAAUGUAAUGGUAAAUCAACGAUUUGUGAAUAUUAAGGCUUAAAAAUGAUUGACACUUCAGCAUUAAUGCCUAUUCAAGUUAUUCAAGAAUAUUUAAAUAACAGUACAGUUCCUGAUGGCGCAGCUUGUAGCCAAGUUUACACGUUUUCUUCGGUGUGUGUGUGUUCUCUUCCACAUUUAACAAAAGAAAGUCGUGGCUGUGUCUUUAUUUCCAAUUUUCACAGUACAAUCCUCAAAUUCAAUGGACUUAAACAUGAAAAAGGAACCAUGCAGUGAUGCUUUCAGUACAUUGUCCCCACUGAUUUUAUGGAAUUGUGCUUUAGCUUAUCGCUCAUACUGUUAAUAUGAGAAGCUCACUAUAAGGGACAAAUUCAUUAACUUGCCAAUUAAAAUGAUUAUAUUACUAUAUAACUAAAGGUGAUAAAGGGACUGUUUACAUUUUUUAUUUGUGCUGUUGUGGCCCACUACUUGUAUAUUCCUCAAAGCAUAUCUCUAAAGUUCGCACAUGCAUCAAUAAACAUUUCCAUCUUGUGGCA